AUGGCAGAAGUUAGCAUUGGUAACGAGCUCAAAGAUGGGUUCAAAGAGACAAACAAUUGGGUCUCCAACAACAUUUCAUUCCUUACUGAUGUGGAACAAUUCUAUAGACAACGGUCACAAUUAGAGAAACAAUAUGCUACUGAUUUACAAAAAUUAACUGCAGAAUAUCUUAAAAAGAAGGCUAAUAAGACAACUGCUAUCAGUGUUGGUGAUGAACCGAAAAUUACCCCAGGCUCUUUAGAGUCUGCUUCAUUAGUUACAUGGACUGAAAUUUUAUCUCAAACUGAAUUAAUUGCCAAAAAUCAUCAUAAUCUAAGUAAUGAAUUCAAUAUUAAAAUCUCAGAUCAAAUAGUUGCAUUACAAAAACAUUUAACAAUGUUACAUGAAAGAGUUUUAAAUUUCCAUAAUAAUAGUUUAACAAAGAAGAAAGAUGAAAUUUUUGAACAAGUUAAUAAAGCUAAAAAACAAUAUGAUGAAACUUGUACCACAAUGGAACAAACAAGAUCAAAAGCUGAAAAAUCUUCAAAUCGUGAAAAGCAUCAAAAAAAAGUUAAUGAAAAGCAAUUAGAAAUGAAUAAUGCUAAAAAUGAAUAUCUUUUGAAAAUUAAUAUUGCAAAUAGAAUUAAAGAUAAAUUUUAUUAUCAAGAUUUACCAGAAGUUUUAGAUAUUUUACAAGAUUUAAAUGAAUUCAAAACAAAACAAUUAAACAAAUUAUUAAACUUAUCAAACACUUUAGGAAUCAACAAUAAUAAUAAAGAUAUCAAAAAUUUAGAACGUAAUAUUCAAAUCAUUUCAGAAAAUAAGCAUCACUUGGAUACUCAAAUGUUUAUCAAGCAUAACCAAGUCAAUUGGAAAGACCCUCAAGAUUUUUACUAUAUUCCAUCUUCAAUAUGGCAUGAUGAUGAACAUUUUAUAACUUCAGAUCAAGAAUUAACUUAUUUGAAAACAAUUUUAUUAAAAGCUAAUCAAACAAAUUCAAAAUAUGAUUCAAUCUUGGAGACAGCAAGAGAAAAAUUAAAUGAAUUACAAAAUCAAAGAUUACAAUUAAAAUCAAAAUCAGAUAUUCAAGAAUUUGAAUUGAAAAAUUCAAUGGAUACAUUAAAUGGUUAUUUAUUCACUUUAUCAAAUUUCAUCAUUGAUGAAAAUGUUAAAGUCUCUGCACAAGUGGAGAUUGAAACAAUAGAAAACAAUGCAAAUGAUAAAGAUCUUUCACUUGAUGGUUUAAGAAUAGAAAAAAAGAAGACAAACAUAUUUGGGAAAUUACGUGGUUCUAAACCAAAAGAAAGAAUAGUGGAUACACAUGCUGCUCCCACUUCCAAUACAUUUGAUGAUUCUCAUAGUAUUAGAUCUGCCAAAUCUCAACAUACUGGAUUCCAUUUACCUUCAUUACGUCGUAAUAGACAACAAAGCAGUGCAAGUUCCACAAACAAUUCAGUCUCCAUGGCCAUGGCAUUAUUCCCAUAUCAAGCUGAUGGUGAUGAUGAGAUAUCAAUCGAUGCAAAUGAACAAUUGGUUGUUGUUUCACCAGAUGAUAAUGGUUGGACAUUGGUUAGUAGACCAAAUACAGGAGAACAAGGGCUUGUUCCAUCAAGUUAUAUUCAAGUGGAUCAAUCUUCUGGGGGUGCUAAGAAGAAGGGGCCAGAAGUUACACCGAGAAAAGGUGCAAAGAAAAUUACAUAUGUUGUUGCAUUAUAUGAUUAUGUUGCAGAUGGCGAUGAUGAGUUGAGUAUUACUGCUGGUCAGAAAAUAGAAGUACUUAAAGGUGACGAUGGUGGGUGGACCCUGGGUGAAGUUGAUGGACGCAGUGGGUUGUUUCCAAGUAGUUAUGUUCAAAAUGUAUAG